CCUCUCAACAUGGGCUCAAACAUUCCCGACGCCCGACCGACAAAAAGGUCCGACAAGAUUGUUAUUAUCGGCGCCGGGCUAUUCGGGUUAACGACUGCCCUAGAGCUGCGCAAAAGAGGAUAUGAGCACAUCACUGUUUUGGACCGGACGAUCCCGCCGGCGCCGGAUGCAUCGAGCUUUGACUCAUCCCGUCUCAUUCGGCCAGACUACGCGGAUCCCUUCUACUCGAGGAUCGCCUACGAAGCAAUGGAAAAAUGGGAGUCCGAAUGGUCUCAGUAUUUCAACAGGAGCGGCUUAGCCAUUGUCGCCCGCUCAGAGUCUCAUCCUUACAUCGACGGAUGUAAGAACACACUGGCUCAGCUCGGAAAGACCUUCCACGCAUUCAACAACCCCGACGACGUACGGAGACACUUCCCCGACUUCCCCGCCAGCUCUGUUUGUGGGUACGAGAACAGAGACGCAGGUUGGGUCGACGCUGUAGCCGUGAUGAAGGACCUGGCGUAUCAGUGCAUUUCCGCCGGGGUUUCCUUCAUCGCGGGCCCCAAGGGAACCGUGUCCUCGCUAGUGGUGACCAAUGGCCAGAUUACCAGCGUGCGAGAUAUUACCGGACGCUACCUGGCCUGUGACAGGGCUAUCCUGGCAACGGGGUCUUGGACGAAUUAUCUUCUCGAUUUGCAAGGAUCCGCGGUUUCCGCGUGUCAGCCUGUCGGUUAUAUUCAGCUUUCUCCGGAAGAGGCGAAAGAGGUGGCGUCCUUGCCUGUGGUUUUAGAUUUUACUUCUGGCUUCUUGGUCUUUCCGCCUACAUCCGACCAUGUUCUCAAGGUUAUGCGCCAUGGUUACGGCUAUGAGACAUCCUAUGCUAUCUCCACCAAUAGUAAGGACGGUGGUAGUAUUUCGAGACCGAAGCUCAUCCCGCGCCGCAGUAAGGGGCAGUACAUUCCUGCUGAAGCGGACGAAGCUCUACGCGCAGGUUUGGAGCGGUAUUUGCCUCAGUUCAAAGACCGGCCGUGGGUGAAGAAGGCUCUUUGCUGGUAUACGGACACCGUUGACGGGAACUUUAUCAUUGGGUAUCAUCCGAAGAUUUCGAACUUGUUUCUGGCAACAGGCGGAAGUGGACAUGCGUUUAAGUUUCUACCUGUUCUUGGGAAAUACGUCGUGGAUGGACUUGAGGAUGUUCUGCCUGACGCUCAGCGACAACGCUGGGCUUUCAAGCCUUCGGACAAGUCCAUGUCCAAAGGAGACGGGAGUAGGGCUGGACCGCCUAGACGUGUUUUGACUGCUAGCGAGCAGGCAAGGCUCUAAAGGCCAUGGGAGAGUCUUGGAUCAACGCU